CUUCAGGUUGAAUAAAUAUAAUAUUUGGAGAUUUUAUUCCAAAUAUUUUUUUCUUCACAUACUUGCAUUUAAAGCAUUAAAAUAUCUAAAAUUCAGGGUCUAAUAAUGAUAAUGAUGACAAACAAGAUACUCCUUAAAAUUUAUUUUAUGAGAAAAAUGUGUCCACUAGAUGGUGCAAAUUUUUGGCACAUUCAAAGCAUGCAGCAAUGUGCCACACAUACAAUUUCCCACGGGGACGCCUUACUAUAAUUAAUAUUUAUAUGUAUAUUUUAGGCUGAAUUUUUUUUACUUAUUAAAUAUUAAUAUUUGGGAUUUCGUUCAAAGUACUUUUGCGUUUCUGUUUCUUUCUUCAUUAAAAAAUAAUUAUUGACUCAUUUAAAGUGGGGGGGAAAUAUUAAUACAUCCUAUAUAAUCCAACCCAAAAUAUAUUUUAAAUUUGAUAUGUAUAUUUUAGGCUGAGUAAAUAUAAAUAUCAAAUAUUUAUUUGGGAAUUUUAUUAGAAAUAUAUAUUUUUUGUUUUUCAUACUAGCAUUUAAAGAUUGAGUGAUUGUGUAGUUUAAAGUGGAUAGAAAUAUGACUUUGCUCAUAUUUUUGCCCAUUUUAGGGCCUAAAAACAUUAAUAGUAUACUCUGAAAUCUAUUUUGUGGAGGUUUUCUUUAAGGGAUUUGUGGGAACCCGCCCUUAAAGCCUUAAAAUCGCCCCAAAAAUAUAAUUUGACUCAUUUAAAGUAGUAAUAUAAAUUAUGAAUUGAUCAUAUUUUUACCCACGUCAGAGCCUUAUAGUAAUAAUAAUAGGAUAAUACUCUUUCAAAUUUAAUUUUAUGGAGAUUUAAAAAGAAAACAAAUGAUUUUUUUGUAAUCAGAAUGGCCUUUAUUGGGUUUAAAAAUCACCCAAAAUAUAAAAAACAUUUCAUGUGUGUUAUAUUGGAUCUCAUCAGAUUGCGUAGACAUUCCUAAUAUUGUGGUAGAUUAGACGAGCAAAUCAGUAAUCCAGAUGAUGGUGAGGAUUAACAUGUUCACUUUUUUAUUUGCUGAGUGUGUGCAUGCGUGCGUGUGUGUUCCUGCGUGUGUUGUGGCGUCACAAUUAGCUGCAUCCCUAAUCUUUACCCGCAUCGCGUCCUUUUCGAUGAAGGAUUUUCCCGCAAAUGGGAUUAGUGGCAGGGUGGCUGGAUUAAAUUACAUCACAAUAAACCUUGACGCAGAAUGGGCGUUACAAAGAAACAUUCAGUCUUUGGAGGUAGUAGCCCCUUUUACACUGCUUUUUUUACACUUAAUUUUACUGCUCUCUUUAAAUAGCGCUGACACGGUAUCAAAGUCGAACGAGCAAUUUUCCAAUUUUCUUUCCCCCCCUAAUGUCUCUGUUUUGUAUAAAUGGGAAUAACACGGAAUGGCGGUACAAAUUUGACUCAACAGAUUUCCGACUUUAGCGCUAGCAGUCCCUUGCACGACCCAUCAAAGCCAAAUAUUUUCCCUUUUUGCCCGUCUCGCUGUUCGGUAUAAACCGCACUAACACGGAAUGGGGGUACGAAGUCAUCGCAGCACUUUUCUACCUCGGCGGUAGCAGCCCCGUUUUUUCCCCCCAGCUUCUUCCCCCAUGUCACUUUUAUGUAUAAACAGUACUGACAUGGAAGGGGAGUAUAAAAUCCUUUUUUAUCAAUUUUUCCGCCUUUGGAGGUCGUAACCGGCAGAAUGGGAGUACCAAGUCGGCCCAGGAAUUUCCCGACGCCUUUCCUCCCCACUCUUUGAUCGUCGUCCCAGCGUCCAAAGUUGGAGCAAAGGUCUGAUUACAGUUCCUUGUCAUCUACUAGCAGCGACAUGUGGAUGCACGACCUCCAGCGGGACCCCUUCCUGGUGAGCGUGCACUUGAUCGCAGACCCGGGCGAGGGCAGCGUCCUUCAGCACGCGGCUGACGGCGUGCUGAGGUGGCUCCACCCCGAGCUGCAGCUUUUCAGGGUGUCGGAGCGCGCCACCUCCUCCGAGUGCCCCCGACCCAAGCAGCGCCAUAUGCACCGGGGGGGUGCCCCCCAACCGGCACUGGCGGUAAUUUUGUUCCUCUUGCAAGGCGACGGGGGCAGGGAGAAGCUGGGGCACCCACCUUGGCAGUACCAUCACAGCGAGAAGGUGAGCCGAGGGCGGCAGUCGGGGGCGGCGUCCAGACAGGAUUUUUUCACACUGGGACCCAGCACCCCGCUGUGGGCCCUUAGGAGGGUGCACUGUGGUAAAGGGACACUGCGUUUGACGCUGUACUGUUGCUAUGACAACUAUGUCCACACGGUGCGCUUGUACAAGCGUCUGCUGGGCCGCCGGGUGGCCCACAAGACGCCCGACUUCUGCUUCCUGGUGGUGUAUGCCAACCCUCUCCUGGAGGUCCAGAUGGCUUUCAGGAGGCUGCCCAGAGGGAGGAGCCCGGCCCCGCUGGACUCAGCCUUGCUUGAAGUGAGGGUGCAAGAUGUGGGGGCCCUGGUGCCACUCCUGCCCAAUGCGUGCAGGCCCAUUAGUGCCAUGAGGUGGCAGACGCAAGACUACGACGGAAAUAAAAUACUACUGCAGGUGCAAGGUGCUGACAGGAGCCAUCACCAUCAUCCUCAUCAUCAUCCCCAUCGGGCAACGCCCAACCACAGGGUCCCGCAUCAUCAGGCGUCACUGCGCUCCCUCCCUUUAUGCGGCAACGAGCACUUCUGGGGCUGCUGGGGAAAUGGCGGACGCUCCGACUCACUCUUCUCGCUGCCCAACCUUAGCUCAUCACCCGUUCCCCCGGCCAGCCCCCCCCGCCGGGAACGCCGCGGCCGCUCCCUGCGGCGGAGCGCUUCCUUUGUUCCGCCUUUCCGCCUCAACGUGGACACCCUGGUGGGCGCAGAGGAGACUGACGUAGACACGGGGACCACGGUCAGAGCGGGCGGCGUUGACCUCAGCGUGGUGUCGGCGUACGUCUACCAAGCUGGCCCACCAGCGCCCCGCUCGCGGCAUCUCUAUCCAGAGCAUGUGACAGCCCUGCCAGAGCGGACAAAGGAUGGGAAAGGCUCCACGGGACCCCUCAAUGGGGGAGACCAUGAAGCGCUUGAAGAAGGCUGCGCAGAGGAAGACCUCGAGGAAUUCUACAUUUGAUGUGUAGCACUAUGCUGCCCCCUGGUGUGAAUUAUUUGGAGUCAUUUAUUUCUGUUGUGCAAGUGGGCGGUUAUCAAGCACUGCUCCAAUGGCUCACACUGAAAAUAAAAGUACCUAAUUUGAUCAUGUACAUCAGUUGCAUGAUUUAAAUGUGAUAAAUUAAUGCAAAUUUCCCCUUUUCUUUUUGAAAAUAAUAAAAUGUCACAUUUUUUAACAUUUAA